AUGGAAAUUUAUUCAAAAUCAAAAAGUCAUGAUGGGUAUUUUUUAGGAUGGGCCCUAGCUAAAAAUGAAAAAAGUAGUCAGAGAAAACCUUGGAAACGAAUGACUAAACAAAUCAGAAGCUUAUUGGAAAAUAUGUUCCAUGCAGGAACAGUUGAUAAUAAUAGCAAAAUUUCAGGUGAAGAAAUAUAUAAAGAAUUAUUAAAACAGGCUCAAUGUGGUGAAUUUGACCAAAGUGAUAUCCAAAA